AGCACUGCUACAGAAGCAAUGCUGGCAGUGCUGGUAACGAAUGUCGAAUUAAGAGGCAAAGAAGUUUUUCUUUUCUCUGUUGGUCGUCGUUUGAGAUUGUAGACAUGGCGUCGAAAGUAUCUCGAGAUACUCUUUAUGAGUCAGUUAAUGCGGCUUUGGGAUUCUCUCAAAAGAAGAGACGUGGUUUUUUGGAGACGGUUGAAUUGCAGAUCGGUCUUAAAAAUUACGAUCCCCAAAAGGAUAAGCGUUUCUCCGGCACUGUCAAGUUGAAGAACAUUCCUCGCCCCAAAAUGAAGGUGUGCAUCCUCGGUGACCAGCAGCACUGUGAUGAGGCCAAGGCUAAUGGAGUCGAAUGCAUGGAUGCUGAGGCUUUAAAGAAGCUGAACAAGAACAAGAAGUUAGUGAAAAAGCUAGCUAAGUCAUACGACGCUUUCUUGGCUUCAGAGUCAUUGAUCAAACAAAUUCCCCGUCUAUUGGGGCCAGGAUUGAACAAAGCUGGCAAGUUCCCUGGUCUUUUGUCACAUACCGAGUCCAUGAUGGCCAAAAUCGAAGAAGUGAAGUCAACCAUAAAGUUCCAAAUGAAAAAAGUAUUGUGCUUGUCCGUUGCUGUGGGACAUGUUGACAUGAAACCCGAUGAACUGGUGCAAAACAUUCACUUGUCUAUCAAUUUCUUGGUAUCUCUGCUGAAGAAGAAUUGGCAAAACGUGCGUUCAUUGCACAUCAAGUCUUCAAUGGGCCCCCCACAACGCUUAUACUAAAAGGUUGAAACUGCUUUGUUAUAUAUGCAUAUAUAUAUUUUAAUUCUAAUAAAUAUGUAUGUAUACAACUUGAAA